UCCAAAAUGUCGGACGGUGCGGAACGAAAGUUAUUUGGAAACAUUGCAAGAAAUCAAACAAAAUAUGGAUCUACCACAAAACCCAUGCCAAAAUUUACAAAAUACGUAAAACAUACAAUUUCCAGGAUUGAUACAUUGCAGGGUAUAGCUCUAAAAUAUGGAGCAACGGUUGAACAAAUAAAGAGAGAAAACAAACUAUGGACAAAUGACAGUUUAUUUUUACGCGAGUAUUUAUACAUUCCUGUCACAAGUGAAAAUAGUUACAUGGUGCAAGAUGAUUGGGAACUACUUUCUUCUGAUGAAGUGAGGUCAAGGUCAAACAGUGAAUUUUCUACCUCUGGUGAUCAGUGUACCACUGGUGCUUGUAAUAGUGAUAGUCAGGGUGCCAAAAGGGACACAAGUAGUGAAAAUGACACUAAAGUUUCAAAUGGAAGCCAAAGUUCGGGAAUGGACUUCUUUAACAAAUAUGAUUCAAGUUUUGCAAAUUUGAAAAGCAAAGUGGAAAGUUUAGAAAAGUCUUCAAGCGAACCAGAUCCAGAACAGCCACCAAGUCACCACGAUGACAAUCUCAGUUCACUCAUUCCAAGACGUCAUUCAGAUAUUGCACAUUCUUCUCGUGUACAGCCAACAAGAAAAAUACCGCUGGAAGAUCCAGACAGCCCAGUGCUCGUUAUUCGGUCUAAUAUGAAAUCAAGCAAAGUACAAACUGCUGUCAAACGAUCGGAAAAGGCAAACGACGAUCUUUUCGAGUUAUGACUAAAUUUCUAGUGACUAUAUCAGCUGAAAAUUACAUUUUAAAGAAAAAUGCACUCCUGACUUUUGCUGAAGUUGUUCAGCGAGUAACUGUAGCAAUGAAUAUCUCCUAAAGUAGUGUAAAUUAGAGAAAUUUUUCAUUUGAGAUCUCUUGAGAGUUGUUUUACAUAAGAGUCAAUCCUCUACAGUAAAUUUGCCAAGAAUCUUUCUGAUAUGCCAAUAUGGAAACUAAAAUUAUUGUUGUAUAGUGCCAUUGAAGUUAGUUGUCAAAAUUAGAAUUUUGAUUGACUUAUUUCCUGCAGGCAUUUUUGACUUGCUUAUUUUCCUCUGACAAGCAGAUAGGAAGAGUUAAAUCUGAAUGACAGUUUUAUUGCAAAACCUUUUAAACUGGAGCGUUUCGAAGAAAAAAAAAGAGAAAAUGGACUACUAGACAAGAAAAGUAUUAAAUGGACAGGAGUAUGCAGUGCUGAAAAGUGUGUGAAUUGAAGUGAUGUUAUUUAUUUAGUUAUUGUUGUAUGGUAUAUAUAUGUUACAUACUGUGUGUGUGUAAAGUAUAUUAAAGAAUUAAGUAAAAAGGAAAAUUAGAAUUUGAAGAGCACUUUGAACUUUCUCUAUGUUUUAGUUUAUAUAAAUGUAUUUUGUGUAAUGAGUUUGAACUGACAUCUGUGAUGAAAUUAUGUUCGUUACGCGUUUUUGUACAUUUUGUAAAAUACUUUUGCUUCUUUUUUUAACAUCUUUAGAUAUUUUUAUACUUUAUGUACAUAAUAUACUCAAGGACUUAGAAAUACGUUAAAUUUUAUUCACGCAAGCAGGAAGGCGUCAUUCAAAAUUUUAUUUUCUUCACGUAAUACUGCAUGUCGGAUUUAAGAACAAUAUCAAAACCAAGAGUUUUAGAACAAUUAAUAUUAAUAUUAAAACCCAAUUUUAUCUUCUCAACAUACCUCUAUAAAGGUGUUUGCAAAAUGCUUACUUGAGGCCUUGAGUAUAUAUACAACUUGUAAUUUUAGUAUUUAUUAAAUUGUAAAUUAUUAAAUUGUAAAUUUAUUUGAUAGUAUUUAUAACACUUAUGUUUGGUGUUCCUCGGUUAUUUACGGUUCAAAUGAAAAUGUAAACAAUCGAGUAGACGCUGGUAUCUGUGAACCGUUAUGAUUAAAGUUUUAGGUGACUAUUUGAUAUUUCAUUUGUAACAAAAUAAAAGCUGUAAAUAACAUACAGUAUCUGGUAAAAGGAGGUAUGUUCUCAUAGACAGUCCCUCACAUGCUUGUCUAGAGGUAUGGAUCCGUACCCGUAGACACUUACGUUGUGUAGCCAAAUGUACAGGAUCGGUAUCUGGGUUUUUUUUUAUAAGUUUGUAACUAUAAUAUUUAUACCCGUAAAACGAGUGUUGAUGAUCAUUCGAUAUUUUGCAAGUACCACUGGCUAUCUUGCAUAUUCUCGCAAGAAUUUACACUGCUUUUGAAAAAAAUACAUGAAAAUAUGUACCUAGUUAAUGCUUACUUAUAAUCUUGAUUUAAUCAGAAGAAGUUUUUUUUUGUAGCUUUGUCCAUAACUCAUGAAAAAGAGCACUUUCAAACAUGUACUUAAAUCAUAUUCGCAUUCUAGAUACUACAUGUAUUCUAAUUCUCCAGUAGCACAGGAUUUUAAUUUUUCAACCCAUAGGUUGACAUUAUUUCUUUCUCUGAACCUUUCUGAUGAAAAAAUACACAAGACUGACCCCUUGUCAGUGGUUUAAGAUCAGUAAAAGUGAAAAAUAAACCUCUGAUUUUCCAUAAUACACACGGCUUCAUAUUGAAACAAGUUAUAUUAUACACAGCUUGCUAAAGUUAAGUGCUUUUUAGUUUAACAGCAACAAAGAUUAUUCUACACUGGUUUAUUUAUUAUUUAACAGCUAUAUUAUAUAAUAAGGUCACGGUGUAGGAGUUUCGAUCCUCAGGCGAGGCGUAAUUUUUCCAUGACGAUUGAUAAAGAGAUUGUACCUUAAAUCAUUCGUCAUCAACCUCUAAUUCAUAUGAAGAAGCUGGCAGUUACUUACAGAGAAUAUAUAUGUACUAGUACAGUGACCAGAAAGACUGGUCAGGUUAACUGUUGGCCGUUGCAUACUGUAAAAUCAUUUAAUUUCGUGGGCAUGAAAUUUCGUGGUUUAGGUCAGAAUGGCAAAUUCGUGGGGAUAUGAAUUCGUGGAUUACAACUUUUGAACAUAAAAUGAAUGGGAAUUCCACUUAUUCGUUGGGAUUAAAUUUCGUGGAUUGACUCAACCACGAAAUCCACGAAAAUUAAUCACCCACGAAUAUUAAUGAUUUCACAGUAACCGAAAUACUAUUUUGUAAUUUUGUGUAAAGAACUCGAAGCAUUGUAAUUUCGACCGAAAAGCAUUGAAAUUUCGACCGAAUGUUUAGGUACACGUUAAUAAUGCACUGCUCUUGUCUUGUACAGCGUGCUGAUUGAUUAAAUUACUUGACAGUUUUAACAAAUUUUGUUACCAUAUACUUUAUACUUGAUAUGGAAUCGUACACUCUCUCUGUUGAAAAAUUGCUGCUUGAGUCCGGUCCCAGUGACGAAAAUAUUAUUGACGACUGGAAAGAAACUAGUCUUGGAUAUUAUUUUUGCAUCUUAACCUGUUGCUAAGGGGAUAUCUUGGAACAAAGUGAGUCCAGAUAACUCACUGUUUGAAAAACUUUAAAUGUAAUGCCUGUUUUUAUUAGAAAAGUGAAAAGUUCAUACAUGUAUUCAUUACUCGAACGACCCUGUGAAUGUCAAGUCUUCCUUGAGUAUUGUUGGCAAUAAAAAUGAUUCCAGAUAAAAACGUUAAAAAGAGAUAAACUGAAGUAUUCCAAAAAGUUUUAGAAAUACCUGAGGCCAAGUUUAUUGCCCUGUCUCGGAUACACCAGCAUCAGGUUAGUUGAUCCUAAGCUCAGUCUUGAAAUAGACCAAUGGCAAGGCUGCACUCAGAGACUCGUCUACAAACUCAUAUUUACCGAAUCCUGAUCUACUGUCCACAUUGUAAAAUCUUGAAAGUGUUGAACUUUACAGUAUUAACACCGAAAUCAUGUGUUUGCUACUUGUAAUUUGUGUAUUUUUGUACAAAUAUGAUGAUCUGUUAUUUAUGUUUAGAUAAGAAUUUUAUAGUUUUGUAAGCACAUGUUCUGUCAUUUAAACGUAUAUAUGUGAAAACCUAUCUGAAUCUAAAUGAAUCAUAAUUUAGAUUAUUAUUGAUAUGUCUUGUCAAUUGAUAAUACCGCAGUUCAGACACGGAGAAGUUAUGUGCUUAUUUGUUGAUAAUACCACAGUGAAAUCAGAGAGGAGAAAUGUUUUAUGUUGAUUAUACCACAUUUUAGUCACAGAGGGGUAGUUAUGUGAUUAUAAUUAUGUUGAUAAUACCACAGUUAAGUCACAUUAAAGUAGUUAUAUUAUUAUAUGUUGAUAAUACCAGUCCUUAUUUAGUCAUAGAAAAGUAGUUAUGUGAUUGUAUGUUGAUAAUACCACAGUUUAGUCACAAAGAUAUAGUUCUGUGAUUAUAUUAUUAAUGAUUGUUUCAUCUAUUCUACAACAGGGUUUGUUGUUUAUUUCGUUUUAAAUAUCAGAUAAUGCUGUAGGUAUUGCUCGACAUCCGGAUCCAUAUAAACAGUUCAAAUGCCUUAGCACCAACAUUUUCUGGGACCAUAAUAUACAAAGGUUUCUUAUAAAGGCAUAUUUUAACAUUUAUCUGAAAGUGAUUCAAGAGGUAUCGUCGAAAUUCAGAAGUUUUUUCUACUCUUUUUACGAAAUUCUGUAGAUGAUGCAAAAAACAUAGAAGAUAGUUACAAAAACGCUGUUUAAUUACAAAAACGCUGUUGUGGAGUUUAUGAAUCAAACUGUAGAUUGUGAUCUGUGCAAUAAUGUACGUGUAUAACAGUUUGAUGAUGAAAAAAUAAAAUGCUAGAUGGAAACAUU